AUGACAAUCGACCAGGAUCCCAUCCUCACUAAACUCCGCGAUGUAUCCCUCUCAGCCGUGGAGAACGGCGUCAGCACACAUCACACAGUAGAACAAGAACAUCCAGCCACUGCAGGACUCCUCUCAGAGCGAGAAAGUGAAGCUUGGCAAAGAGCAAUAGAGAAGGUUGUUCGAUGCGUUGUAUCGGUCAAGUUCUCGCACCCUUAUUCGUUUGAUACAGAGACUAGCAAGACGAGUGAAGCAACUGGCUUUGUCGUCGAUGCAGAAAAGGGUAUCAUCCUCACUAAUAGACAUGUCGUUGGCCCUGGGCCCUUUUCGGGGUACAUCGUCUUCAAUAACCAGGAGGAAGUCGACACGUACCCCAUAUAUCGCGAUCCAGUACACGACUUUGGCUUUUUGAAGUUUGAUCCCAAGGCUGUUAAAUAUAUGACUCUCAUCGCGAUGGAACUCAGACCCGACCUCGCAAAGGUUGGCACCGAGAUCAAAGUCAUCGGCAACGAUAGCGGCGAAAAGCUCGGCAUUCUAUCUGGUUUCAUAAGUCGUCUUGACAGAAAUGCUCCUAUAUACGAUGGUUACAUGGACUUCAACACAUGUUACUUUCAAGCCAACGCCUCAGCGUCAGGAGGCAGUUCCGGAAGUCCUGUUGUCAACGUGGACGGGCACGGUAUCGCUCUUCAAGCAGGCGGGCGCACCGAUGGAUCAACGGAUUACUUUCUCCCACUUGAUGGACCGCUACGAGCACUGAAACAGAUUCAACGCGGUGAGAAGGUGAAAAGAGGCGAGAUUCAGACUGUCUUCAAAUUAAAGCCCUUUGAUGAAUGCCGACGGCUGGGGUUGAGUCCUGAGUGGGAGAGUGUUUUGCGCAAAUCUUUCCCUGGGGAGGAUAACGUCAUCGUCGCCAUGGACGUCCUGCCUGAAGGUCCUUCAGACGAAAAGUUGAAAGAGGGCGAUAUCCUCCUCAAAAUCAACGGGGAUCUCGUCACACAAUUCCUCCGUCUGAACGAGAUCUUCGAUUCCAACAUUGGCAAAACCGUCCGUAUUCUCGUCCAAAGAGACGGCCAAGACGUCGAAGAGAAUAUCCUAGUCCAAGACCUCUGUGAGAUCACACCAGAUCGCUUCGUCACCGUCGGAGCAGCAUGUUUCCACGAUCUCUCAUACCAAAUCGCCCAACGAUACUUCCUCCCCUGCCGCGGCGUGUACGUCAGUAAAUCCGGACCAUUUCACCCCACGCACGAUAACUACAUCAUGGUCGAUAGCGUCAAUCACAAAAAGACGCCGGACCUGGAUGCUUUUGUGCAGGUUAUGAAGGAUAUCCCUGACAGAGCACGCGUGGCAAUCAAGUUCUGGUAUGUUUGGGAACCGCAGACUGUUCGAACGGCUGUUGUGCCUAUUGAUCGGCAUUGGUUCCAGCGCAUGAAGAUGUUUAAAAGGAAUGAUACCACCGGGGUCUGGGAUGUUGAAGUACUUGCUGAGCCGUUACCUGCUAUUCGACCGCCGCGACUAAGUGCGUCUUUUGAUGCGCUGGAGCAUAUCGCUCAGCGUGAAAUUGCAGAAAUUGCGAGGAGUUUCGUCCACGUGCGGUUCUCGUCGCCAGUACUUAUCGAUGGACAAUCCGCGCGCAUUAAGCUGGGAAUGGGUCUUGUUGUAAACGCUGAUCGAGGCUAUGUCAUCGUUUCGAGAACUGUUGUGCCGACGAAGCUCUGCGAUAUCGAACUAACCUUUGCCGAUUCGGUGCUUGUGCCCGGAAAGGUCGUAUUCUUGCAUCCUGCGCAUCACUACGCUAUCAUCCAAUAUGACCCUAGCCUCGUUGACGCGCCGGUCAAGAGCGCCAUCUUCAGCACUGAGAGGAUCUCACAGGGUGCACCGACGUUUUUCGUGGGGCAUAAUGAUUGCGAUGAGAUGGUGUAUGCUUCAACAGCUGUGACAAAGGUCAUUCCCCUCGAGCGAGAACCACCAAAUCCACCCCGCGGCCGUCCUGUCAACGUAGAUCGUAUUGAUGUUGAGACUCGAAUUGGAAAUCACUGUGGGAGCGGCGUGCUCAUCCGUGAAGACGGUGUCGUUCAGGCACUUUGGGUCGUCUACGAGAUGGAAGAUCUCGACGAGGCGUGUUUCGGUUUAAGCUCACAAGCCAUCGCGCCAAUCGCUGAGAAGUUAAGCCAAGGCAUUGUCCCAACCCUCCGCAGUCUCUCCAUCGAGCUCGAGGCCGUUACCAUGAUUGAAGCGCGGGUCAUGGGCGUAGCCGAGGAGUGGAUCGAAAAGGUCCAGAGCAAGUCCUCCUCCGACCGACGACUAUUCAUGGUAAAGCGCGGGCCAAAGCAACUCCCUGGUCAACUCGGCGAAGGCGAUGUCCUUCUCACGCUGGACGACAAACUUAUCACGCAGCUCCACGAUGUGGAUGUCAUGUACUGGAAAGAAAGCCUCGAUGUCGUCGCUGUGCGAAAUGGCGAACAGAUCAGCUUCAAAGCACAGACUGUUUCCGAAGAUGAGUUCGAAACGUCGCGUGUUGUUAAUUUCUGCGGAUUAACGGCGCAGAAACCACAUCGUACCGUGAGACAGAGUAUCAAAAAGCUGCCGAGCGAAGUGUACAUCACAAGUUGGUUCAUAGGAUCGCCGGCGAACCUAUAUAACGUCUACGCAACGACUUUUAUCACGCAUAUCGAUAAUAAGCCUACACCGGAUCUCGAAUCACUUGUGGGGAUCAUCGCCAGCAUCCCUGAUAAAACUUACUUCAAGAUCAAGAUGAUGAACUACACCGGAACUCCCUCCGUCGUGACAAUCAAGAAGGAUGAGCGAUACUGGCCUACUGUUGAGUGGCUUCGCGACGAGACGCAUGCUGAAGGAUGGAAGAGGGUGACGUAUGAGAAUGGUGAGGUUAUACAGGGCGAGGGUCUUUAUGGUAUUACACUGUGA